UUGGCUGGCUUGUUGGGUGGUCAGGGCGGUGUUGGUUCCGCGCGUGACCACCCACAGCUAUGGCCGGGGUAGGGGCUGCUUUCCGCCGCCUAGGUGCCUUGUCCGGAGCUGGGGCCUUGGGUUUGGCCUCCUACGGGGCACACGGCGCUCAGUUUCCGGAUGCCUACGGAAAGGAGCUGUUUGACAAAGCCAACAAACACCACUUUUUGCACAGCCUGGCCCUGUUAGGGGUGCCCUAUUGCAGAAAACCCGUUUGGGCAGGGUUACUGCUAGCUUCUGGAACUACCUUAUUCUGCACCAGCUUUUACUACCAGGCUCUGAGCGGAGACACUAGCAUCCAAACUUUGGGGCCUGUUGGAGGGAGCCUGCUAAUCUUGGGCUGGCUUGCCUUAGCUCUUUGAAGUCUCUGGUUUAAGCCCCCAGUCCCUUUCUGGGUAAUUGGGCGCAGAGGGAAGGGGGCAAUGUUGAAGCCGAAAAGAAAUUAAAAGAAAGAGGCAUACAAAAAA